CUCACGCUCACAAUCAGCAGUCUUUCCUCUUAUCUUCAUGUGUUUUUCGUAGGUUCUCAUUGUUGCUACAUGACUGAAUUUAUCAUGAUUGGAAUGAGUACUUGUAUUUCAAUACCUAACAAUCAUUAGAUAAUGGCAACUGCAUCGAAGAAGGAGGGCAUUUCGGAUGUGUUUAUUGAAGACAUUCGUUCAUGUUGGAAGGUUCCAGCCAUCGCACACUUCUGUUCGUUGUUCAGGAGCACAUUUUCACUUCCUGAUUUUGAGAUCGAGGAGUUGGAAGAAGCAUUAUUUCUGGAUGCAGGAGUUGAACAGAGUGAUUUCAUUAUCAAUCUUGUUGUGCAACUACUAUGUGGAAUACAUGGACGCAAGGAUAUUUCGUCUGAGAACUACUUGAAAUGGCUGCGUUGUGUAAUGAAGAAACGCUGGGAGUUGGGAGAGAAUCGAGUGAAUCCAUUAAACAGUGAAGAUGUGACCUUCAAGGUGCUUCCGACUCUAACUAAAGUAGAGAUAUUACACGCAUUGUGUGAUUAUAGACUAGAUGCUAAUGAUGUCUCUGUGCUUAAGGACUAUGAAGGUGAUAACCUACGUGUAGAACCACUAGGAACAGAUCGAUCAGGCGCUACAUACUGGUACUUCUAUGGAACUCGACUUUACAAAGAAGAUCGUGAGCCUACACAGGAGGAAAGAGAUGUCAAACGCAAACAAAAGCUAAAAGAAAAACGAAAAAGGAGAAGGGAACGUUUAAGGGCCGUGAAGAAAAUGAAAGACAUGCGCAAGAAACAGAAGCAGAAAGAACGAGGAAAGAAAUGCAAGGGCAAGAAGAAGAAGAAGAAAGUAUCUAAAACAAGUGAUGAAGAGAGCAACAGUGAGUCAAUCAACAACAAACAACAGCUUGACACUCAAUCCAAUAACAAGAAGAAGGGUCUCAAGAAAGAGCCAGUCAAAAGGACUGCUUCUAGUCCCGUUAAAUCAAGAACCACUAACAAACUGUCAAAAGUUACUAAAAGUAAGAAACAAGUUGAUACAGGGGUUCGUCAGGGUAAAUCCAAAACAAAUGAUAAAUCCAGCAAUGAAACUAGGAGAAAAGAAUCCCCCCAAAAGGCAGUCAGUAGAAAGAAAAAGGAAAGUAGUGUUAAUAUUCCCAAACAAAAGACGCAAUCAAAGAAAAGGUGCCUGGAAGAUGGUAAAUCAAACGGGAAGGGUGUUAUUAAGAGCAAGAAUAAGACCGUAAAAGAAGCUAGUUCCACAUCUACUAAGUCAGGGAAUAAAGACAGCAAAGACAAAAGCCUGCAAAACAGUGCCUCCAAAACAAGGAAGCGUAAAGUGAUUAAAUCCAAAGCAAUCAUUAGUGAGAGUGAUAAAAGUGACGAUGAAGACCAACCAUUAAAGAAAGUCGCAAAGAGCAAAACAUCACAUAAAGACAUCAAGGCGACGUUAAACCAGCAAAAAUCAAACAAAAAGGAUUCCCAGUCUGCAAGUAAAACUGACCAGCGUAAGGGAACCCACACUAAAGGCAAGAGCAACAACAAUAAGUCAGAGGAUGGACAGCAAGCAAAUGCAAAGAAAGAACGAAAACAAAAGAAGCUUCCAGUGAGUGUCAGUACUCAAGAAGAAGUGAAACCGAUGAGUAGUGAAGAUGAUAUAUCGUCUGUAUUGAGUACCAUAGAGUCAACUGAUAGCGAUAGUGAAGAUGAGUUGGAGUCUCCACGAUGGCAUUUAGUCUGUCAUUCUCAAGAGGAUUGGCAACAACUUACAGACUUCUUCAAGAAAAGUAAACUCAAAUGUGAGAAGGAAUUAUACAAGACUCUUGCCAAUGACUUCCUGCCUGAAAUACAAAGCUUGUUUGCAGCCAAGGAGAAAGCUCUUCGAAAGAAACUUCAAGAGUUGGAACCACGCAGAGCAUCUUCACGUGUUGUCAUCAUGCAGCUCAAACGAGAAGAAGAUGAGAGAAUGAAGUCCAUUGAAGAGGCAGAACAAACUUCCAUGAGGCUACAAGCUGAAGAAGAUAAACGAGAAAAGAUGAAACUGCGCAACAAACUUCAAGAACAGUCUACAAACUCAGCGAGUUGUCCUGAUAAACCACAGACUAAGAAGUGUAAAGGAAAAGCCAAGAAGACAAAGAAAAUGUCUGACAGUAUUGAUGUGAAACUACAGCAAGUGUUUGAUGCAGUCAACGGUCAUGAGGAUUCCUGGCCCUUCAGUGAUCCAGUCGAUGAGGCAUAUGCUCCUGCUUAUUAUCAGAUCAUCAUCAAACCAAUGUGUCUAACUCUCAUUCAGAAGAAACUCAACAAGAAAGACUACAAGACAAAAGAGGAGUUUGAACGAGAUAUGAACCAGCUGUUUACAAACUGCUUGGAAUAUAAUGGCCCUGGAAACGAAUACACUCUGAUGGCUGAGAAUCUGAAAUCUUGUUUGGAGUACAACCUGGAGCAGGUAUUUCUGAAACAAGAAGUUGACAAUGAAGAUGAAGACAGUGAGGAUGAAACUCCAACAUUAGAGCAAUAUCAUCGCCCACCACAACGACAAUCAGCAAGAAAUGCAAACACAAGAUUAGAAGAACUAGAGGAUAGGGUGUACGCUAGACUGAGGGGACUAAGCGGAAGUGAAUCCAGUAUCUUAGAAAGUAACAAUAGUUCAGAAAUGAUGAGUGAUGAAGAGGAGGGUUUGCAGCCUGACACUAAGGAGAUAAAGAGUAGUGAUGACCAAGAGGAAAUACUUAAAGAUGAACCCAAAGAAGAAGCAUCUGACCAUCCAGACAUUGACUCGAAGACUUCAUCUCCUCUUAGUAUCUCUGAUCAUCAUUCAUUUGAUAGUAAUGACAACAAAGCAUAUGAGGCAUGUUCAUCCAAAUCAGAGGAUGGUAAUAGUGAUAAUGACAUGGAUGAACACACUUCAGAUGGAGAGAGUGCCACACCUAACCAACUGUCUACUUCAAGACUAGGUCAACACAGAGAUAUAUGGGCUUGCAAACCAGUGGGUGUUAUAGCAUUCGCUCCUGGAGUCCCAACACAGGAUGUAUUGCAACCAGUGGACACUGAAGACACAAAGAAAGAUCUAACACCUUCAUCUAGGACACAAGAACCAGUAGAUAGUCACACACAGGGUUCAGGCAGUAGUGCAACUGAAGUAGAAAGGAAAGAGACACCUGGACAGUACUUGAACACACAAUCACAAGGACCGAGUGCCAUUUCUAAGGUCAAUCGUGUCAAACCCAUUCAGAAUGUCAGUCCCUAUGUACCUGAUACUCAGUCUGUAAAAACUAAACAACUAUUGACACCUCCAUCACGUGAUCAAUAUCAACGAACUCAACCAAUGGCUCAGGGUGUACAACCAAUGAUAGAUUUAAGUUUAAAUCGUCCAGAUGUUUUAAACCCACUGACGCCAGCUAUGAAUGAGACUCCAAAACAUAGUGAUAUGUCUUUUCAUCAGCAAAACACUGUUUCAGUAAACAGUGGUUUGAAUCAUGUUCUACCUCAGGGAAAUCUGUAUGGACCUUCCAGUCUUAAUCAAGAUUCAGAUGAUAAGCAUUCCAAGCAAUUCAGUUACUCAGGAAGUAGUAUUAAGUCUAAGAGAAGCCAGCCCAUGAGUGCACCUGAGCUGCCUGCACCACUCACAGUGUUGCCAGACAGACAUGUCAAACAUGAGCCUUCAAUACGUGUUCCAGCAGUACAACCUUUAUUGCCUUCCUCAAACUACACAAUGCAAGCUACUCAUCAUGAACAAGUUGCCAAUAUAAGAAGCAAUGCCUUUCAACAGUCGAGUGUUAUUGCAGAAUACAAGCCUAACAAUGCAGCAGAACCUAUGUGCCAUGAUCCAUCUCAGAAGCUUUGGCAUCCAUUGGGCAGCGAAGAUAAAAUGACCUCCGCUACUUAUGAUAAGACACAUCAGUCAAGUCCUCAUACACUACCUAAAUCUAAUCCGCUAUAUUCCCAUCAAAUGAAGCUAGCACCAUCAGCUCCUAAUCAACCGUUACACUCCUCAUUAAGUGGCAAUAUACUGGAGUCUCUUCUUCAUAAACAGUCACAUGCAUCAGGAUACCAACAUUCAGGAGACAUCACCAACCAUCCUAAAUUACCAAGUACUUCUCCAAUGUAUAUGGAAAACAAAAGUAGGGAUAAUAUGGCCAGUCAGGAGCAACAGUUUACUUCUAAACAUCCGAUGCAACCUAAACUUGUCCCCCAUGAUAAUGUUGGGUACCAUGGGUCCCAUGGUUCCCAUGGUCAGAGUCAGCCACUCAAACAGCAGACUGACUAUGGGUCUUCUCACUCAUUUGCAUAUAGUAAACAGAAUUUGCCAUCUCAAACAAAUUGUGUCAAAACAUAUAUGACUACAGCUAAUACCCAGUCUCAGCCAGGUAAUGUGAAGUUAUAUCAUAAUCCAAUAAAUGUGGCGACAACUAAUCCUUCACAAUCCAUAGCAAGACAGCCAGAUAAAUCAUUGCGGGAGGUUGCUAAGCAACAAAAAGUAGCAUCUUCUCCAUUGUACCCUCAUACAUCCUCUGUGCAGUCUGUACCAGUCAAUCAGACCGGGUAUGAUAAUGUUGGAGCUUACUUGGGCAAGCCUAGAACUGCAGAUACAAUGUUACCUUCCAGGACUAACUCUCUAUCCAUGCUUUCAAAUGAGCCAAGAAACAUGAAAGAAUACAUGGAUCUUGAAAGAGCGAACCAAGCUCAGAGUAUGACAGAACUGAAUAAAGGUUAUCUACCAGCCGGUUUCAAUCAAGGCCAUACCUCCUCCUUGUACACUGAUCAUCUACGUAUGCAUGCAAGCCAAGCAGCUGCUGCUUCUUAUGGUUAUCCAGCAGCCUCUCGAUUGAUGUUACCAAGUAGGCAAAUGACUUCCAAUCAAUCCAGCUCUGCAUUCACUCCUCAUGAUCCCUACUCAAGGCAGUCUGCAUUUAGAAUGCAGAUGCAGAUGCAGAGGCCUAGUCGCCCUUUCUAUCCACAGUAUAUGCAGGAGGCAGAUCAGCUAGCUAGACAGCAGUAUCAGCAACACAUGCAUGAGAGAGCUGCCGGAUUGGGUGCUGGAGCACUGUAUCAAACACCACCACCACCAACUCGUACUCAUCCGGAUAUGGCUUUUUAUGCACAGCAUGGUAUUGGGAAUGCAGUAUUAAGCAGUCAACCAUCUAGUAGUGUUGGAGCACCAUUACCCCAUGAUCCAGCUCUUCUUUCUCGCUCGUCUCAUAUGUCAGGAUAUAAGUGAGCAUUUCUACAAAGUCAUAUUGAUUUGCCAUUGGGAUUUUGUAUGCACUGUCUGCAUCAUAGACGGCCUACUAUUUCAUUUUAAGUAGAAUUAGGGUUUGUUUAUUCUGUCUAAUAAUUUCCAGGUGCACUUUGACAGUUUCCCUUAAAAUGAGUCUUUUUAAGUACAAAGAGUUUGAAGGUGCUGUGAGGUUUUUUACAUUUGAUAUUGGAGGACUACAUGUAAAUUUAAUGUAGUAGACUUUUAGUUCAUAUAUACAUAUUUUUGAGGUCAUCAACACAUCCUCCAAGUUUUAAAAUGUUUAUGGGAAAUAGUGCACUCUCAUUCAUGUGCUUUGACCCUUUUGAAAAACUUGCUACAAAUACAAAUAUUGUAUGAAAAGAAACAUUUUCACUUCAGUAAACACACAGUGUCAUUGCUAAAUUACACAGCAUCAUUGCUCAGCUGCACAGUGCCAGUGUUCAACGAAACAGUGACAUUGACUAACGGUCAAUAGUAGAGUGUCAUUGCCCGGAGACUUCUAUUAUACCUGUAACUCAUAACUGCUUGAACCAUGAAUUUUGAAUUUUGAUUGUCAUUUAUAAUUUAAAUUAAAAGAAUGUUCACUUCUCAACGGAAAGCUUCCAGGUAUGAUACUUUAAUCACAUAAUUAUUUUUAUCUUCAUCGAAUACAUUUAUUUGUAUUUUGCCAUGUAUCGUUUGAAUUAAUAGUACUAGUAAAUUUUAAUUGUAAAUGUCUAGAUAGCAUUACAUUAUUUCAGUAGAAGUUAAAGGCAGUGGACACUAUUGGUAAUUACUCAAAAUGAUUAUCAGCAUAAAACCUCAUUUGGUAACGAGU